AGGUUAUAAACGCUCGCAUGUUUUAAUCGAAAACGCGCGUAUCUUUAGCGUCCAUUCGCGGCAAAAUGGAUUUCUCCGGGAACAACGCGGUCCACGGUGCGCUCCCGCAAUUUUCUGAAUUGACAUCUCGACCGAGCACAGUUCCCACGCCAAAAUUCACCAGCAGUGACAAUAAUCAAGCAGAGCAAACCAUUGUUUAUACGACCGCCGCUGGUUCAAAUCAGACAAAACAAAAUUUAUUGGUGAAUUCAACGAACAAGUACACAGGGCCAAUAUUAGCAUGGCCAGACCCUAAUACCUUGAUGCAGUUUUGUGAAAAGCAAGGCAUUCAGACAAUUAACAUUCCUAAUUACAAUCAGAACAAUCCGAUACUUAGUGUCCAAUCGAACAGCCUACCAGUAAGGAUUAUACCUAAUAUGUAUUUGCCAUCAACCUCGCAGGCAGAGGUUGUGAAACAAGACUUGGAUUCAAGAAUCGAAAAUGAAAAGCAAACGUCUGUAAUGCAAGAUUCUCAACUUCAGCAACAAAGUGCCAUGACGGAAUAUUUUCAAAAGUUGCAAGCUACCACUCUUCCACUGACACUGCAACAAUUGAUCAAACUGCAAACGGAGCAGGUGAAAAAAGAGAAGACUGAGGAGGAAAAAGCGGAGCACACGCAGAACAAUAUUCUCAACAUUCCUAGUGUUCCAGUAUUCAGAAAUAUUCAAGUACAGAAUGGAAACAACAGUUUCAUCAAUUCAGAUCAAAUGAUGGUAUCUAUAAAUCCAAACGAUCUGAAUAUUCAAGUAGAGAAUCAGCAAGAAAAUGAAAAUGCAGUACAGACUGUUAAGGUAGAGCAGCAGAUACAAACUGACUCGCCAAAAAUCGAAAAAAAGAUGAAAUUCCGGGCGAAAACCGGGGAGAUAAAAAUUAGCGUUGCUUUGGAUGGUUCGACGCUCUACUGUUGUCCUGAGUGUAACUUGGCAUUUCCGGAUAAAACAGAAAUUGAGCAACAUAUACAAGCUCACAUACAGGAACGUAAAUACCAAUGUAAAGAAUGUGGUGCCAUGCUGAAACGAAAGGAGCAUCUCGAUCAACACAUGCGUGGUCAUUCGGACGAGAGGCCAUUCAAGUGUCCAGUGUGUCAAAAAGCGUUCAAAAGGAACGAACACUUGACGAGGCAUUACGUUAUUCAUUCUGGAGAUAAGAAUUUUUCGUGUUCGGUGUGCCAGAAAGCCUUCUCUAGGAAAGACCACCUGAACAAACAUACUCAAACGCAUCUAGGAAUUAGAAGGAAUAGAACGAAGAAAGAUUCGUUUUUCAUCGAGCAAAAGGAUCCUUUUGAGAAAGCUCCUGAAGUUUCCACGAUGCCUAAACAGGAAGUGAGCUUCGUCUUGAAAGACGGAGGUUUCAUGAAGCAAGAGCCUAAUUUCCUGCAGUAUAUACAGAACCUCCAAAAGGAUCAGAAUCUGAUCCAUACGUUCUCGUCGUUCAAGGAACAAGUGAUGAAGGAGGCAAAUGUGCUGCAACAACAAGCAGUAAACAUGAACGAGAUUCUGCCUCAGAAUACAAGCGGACGUAUUAUGAAGUUCCAUAGUCAAGUAUUUCAUUUGCAUGAAAUAGUGACACUUAAUGAUAGUCUGCCACAAAGCCCGAAUGAGUCUAAUAAUAAAAGCCUAGAUAAACUAAAAACAAGCAUACCAACACGCAAAUUGAAACGAAAUGAACAACCUGCGUAAAAGCACACUGUAUUUUAUUUAAACUAGUUUUAAAGACAGUAAUCUUUUUAUUGAUUCUAGUCUAUGAUCACAGAAAGCAUGGCAAAUGUAGGUCACCGAACUUGAAUUUUUUAUUGUCACUUGCAAAUUGUUCUUCUCUUUUCCAAUGAAUUCGAGUUCCGUUUGUGACCUAGAAUGAAGUAUGGUUAAAGUAACUCGCAAUUUACUGUUAGGUUAACUUAACGAGUACCAAUAGCAAAUAAUAGCAUACUGCCAAUAAUUAUGGUUACAAAAAUUUGUAGAAUAAUUGUAUAUAUAAGUGCUAUACAAAUUUGACCUGAUGGAGACUCAGUGGUAUAUUGUUUGAUCUCUGAUUCGUCCGUGUCCAUCUUUGACAAGUAUCUAUGUAAUAAUAUAACUCAUUUUAUAGCAAUUAUAAUUACAAUCACUUUUAUUUUUUCUUUUUUCAAUUUUCUCGAAUUGAACAAACAGAUAUAUUAUCUAUGCGUAUGAUUUUUUAUCGAUUUCUAGUGAAAAGAUAUUUGUAGUAUAUAAUUACUUUUAUUUUCUUUUUUUUUACAAACUAAUUUUUAAGGCAAAAGCAAUAGGAAUUUUUAAUUGAAAAGUGGAAGUAUAUUUAUAAAACAAUUUUUCGUUCGUAUUUUUUUCUUUCUUUUUUGUAAUAGUUUUGAGAAGUGA